AUGUUUCAGUUGAAUUCCAUUUCAUUCGGUAUUUCAAAAUCAUUGGCUCCGGACGCGUUGAAUCCAAUUUCAAUAAACGCAACUCGAUAUGCGUUACUUUCGAACAGUCGUGCGCCACUGCUGGAACACGGAAUCUCAGAACAGUAUAAGAGGGAGAUGAUUGCGUUAGCACAACGAAAGAAUAUGUGUUAUACGGGUCAUUCUACGCUGCUAGUACCCUCUCGACUAUGGAAGGUGCCAAAAUCAGUUCGCGGACUAAUCGACACUGUAGAUAUAUGGUUGUUGACGUUGGAGAAACGUGGUUGUGCGAGUCUUUUGAAAGCUGGUGCAUCUGGAGUGGCCGAGGCAUUUGCUCUUAGUCUAUUUGCGUCGAAAUUUUCUGGUGAACAUCUCGAGGUGGACAUGGACCCGACUGAUCUGCACCGCGAGAUGACCAUCGAGAAUUUGUCGUUCUCGAGCGACACAAAACUGUCGAUAGCGGUUCGCUUGGAUGAAGAGAACCGACCAUUCUUUUCACUAUCCUCAACAUCCAAAAUGUUCGUCUGUGACGCAGCAUGUCUGAAUAGGCCACUGGCGCUGGAAAGCACUUGGGUACGCAUACCGGUGAAAAUCACACGGCCAUCGACUCCAAUUUUGUAUUUGUCGAAGAGUAGACACCAUCUGGAGCAAAUGCGAGGAACGAUUCACGUUAUUGAGGUACUGGAAGCACCCGCGCAUGAGCAAGAGCUGAUAGCAUUGCAUAAACACGGUCAUCGAUUGGGUGGAUUACCAGUGAUAUUCUGGGUGAUGCUCGGUCUAUUGGUGUUGGUAUUUCAUCUGUUCCUGGUGAAAUUGUUGUAUUCUGAGUGGAAAAAGAACGACUCAACGCCGUAUAAUUAUUAUCUAAGACAACGCUAUAUGCGAAUGCAUUAA